GCCUGCUCGCAAUGGAGCUGGAUGGAGCGCUCCCUCGACGGAGUCUGGGUUCCAGCUCUGGGCUGCGCUACGGUUCGUUUGUCAACAGUCUUUCUUCACUCACUCUCAAACCAGAUGAGAAGUCUUCCAUAUCGCAUCGACGGGCCUACGUGGCGGUGGUUGUGCUCUGCUACAUCAAUUUACUCAACUACAUGGAACGAUACACAAUAGCAGGUGUCCUGCUAAACAUUCAGAGCUUCUUCAACAUCAAUGACAGUACAGCUGGACUUCUGCAGACAGUUUUUAUCUGCAGCUUUCUCGUGACGGCUCCACUCUUCGGUUACCUCGGCGACCGCUACAACCGGAUAUACAUCAUGGCUGGCGGUUUGAGUGUGUGGCUUGUAACUGCAACAGCCAGUUCUUUCGUGACUGAGUCACACUUUUGGCUGCUGGCGCUUUUACGAGGCCUCGUCGGGAUCGGUGAGGCGAGCUACUCCACUAUUGCUCCCACCAUCAUCGGGGACCUUUUCACUGGCGUACAACGAACCAUCAUGAUCUCCGCUUUCUACAUCUUCAUCCCUGUUGGAAGUGGUCUUGGCUACAUAUCGGGGUCAUCGAUAGCCAGCCUCACUGGAGACUGGCACUGGUCUCUCAGGAUCACUCCCAUUUUUGGUCUUGCUGGGCUCAUUGCACUGGUGCUCUUGUGCCCAAACCCUCCCAGAGGUGCUGCAGAAAACAACGGUCAUGAAGUUCAAGAGCGCAGCUCUUACCUGGAGGACGUCAAGUAUCUUCUAAACAAUAAAAGUUACGUGUGGUCCACUCUGGGUGUCACGGCAAUGGCCUUCCUAACUGGAGCCCUGGCUUUCUGGAUGCCCACCUUUCUGUUCAGAGCUCGGGUGUCUCAGGGACUUAGCCAGCCUUGCUCUAAAGCGCCAUGCAGCUCCACAGACAGUUACAUCUUCGGCGCCGUCACAGUGGUCUCAGGCAUUGUCGGAGUGUGUCUCGGCACGGGUCUGUCCAGGUGCUUGAAGGACAAAGUGCCCAAUGCAGAUCCACUCAUCUGUGCAGGAGGCAUGCUAGGAUCUGUCCCCUGCCUCUUUAUCAGCAUCUUUGUCGCUGCGGUAAACAUUCCAGCCACUUACGUCUUCACCUUCACAGCGGAAGUGUUGUUGUCACUCAACUGGUCUCUCCUGGCUGAUAUACUCCUGUAUGUUGUUGUGCCGACCAGACGAGCCACAGCAGAGGCUCUCCAGAUUACAUUCUGCCACCUUCUAGGCGAUGCCGGGAGUCCGUACCUCAUCGGAACGAUUUCUGACGCCAUUAGCAGAUCCAAGCAGUCACCCAGUGACUGGAGCUUCCCCAGUUUGCAGUACAGCUUCCUGCUGUGCCCUUUUGUUGGCAUCCUUGGAGGAAUGUUCUUCCUGAUGACGGCUCUUUACAUCAAUAAUGACAGAAGGGCAGCGCUGCAAAUGCCUGAAGGAGAUCCUCCCCAGCAAGGUCCUGCACCGCAUGACUCUGUGGAGCUCAACAAUGCACGAAAUACACCACAUACAUAAAAUAUGUAUUAACAUAAGGCAUUUAUCAAAUAUGUAACACUGAACCAAAGCCGCUGUGUGUAUGAAAUAUGUGUUCAUUUAAAGAACAAAACUAUUAGUCUGGUUAUGGAUUAUGGUUGAUGAGAAGAAGUGUUUUGCACACACACACACACACACACACACACACACACACACACACACACACACACACACACACACACACACACACACACACACACACACACACACACACACACACACACACACACACACACACACACACACACACACACACACACACACACACACACACACACACAGCUUGUAUGAAAGUAUAGAUGUUGUAAGAUCCAUUCAUGCGUUUUUUUUGUCUUUACUUUCUUUAAUGUGUUUUGCUGCUGUCAUUUGAUUGUUUGGUAGAAUAUCUCAGUACCUAAAAUUAUUUGUAUCUCAAAUCAAUAUUCUCCAUUGAAAUGAAUGAACAUGUAUUUAAUUGGUGCUUUGCCCCAAAACAGCACAACUUCAAUAUGUAACAUGCCUUUUAAAAAUAAAAACACAUUUUUAAAGAAUAAAUAUUGUACA